ACCUGCAGGUACUGUAGUCCUUUCAGCUUCAUCUCCUCUUGACAGGCCAGCAGGAUUUGACCCGCAGCAGGAUGACCUGUGAACACCGUGUAGACGCCGUGGAGUUGGAACAGGAGCAGGAGCAGCCCGAAAACACGGAGGACAGGGUUGUGAGGAGAGACGGUGUCCUUCACUCCAUGCUGCGCGGCCUCUUCUGGCCGGUCGGCAUCGUGAUACGUGCAUACCACGGGGUAUGGUGGGUGCUGGGCUUCCGGCAGCCAAAGCAGACGGCUGUGGUCACCCCCGCAGUUACCAGUCCUGCACGCCAGAGCCUCGCCGGCCGCAAGCGCCUGCACCGGGUCACCCGCCUGCUGCUGACCAUCCUGCCCCGCUGGGUGCAGGGCGCCCUGGGCUACCCUGUGUCCAGCAGCAUCGGGCGCUCCCUCUCUCCAGAAGUCAGAGUCUCUCCCACUAAACCUUGUGGGAAGGGCAGCAAGAGAAAGCAGGAUGAGUUGGAUGAGGAGGAGGAAGACGAUGACGAAGAAGAGCAUCAGACCUGGGUGGAGGCUCUCACACAAGAACUUGAUGAUGAAGACCCCAUGGAGGAUCCUGAUUAUGAGCCCAGUACUGUAGAGACGGAGAGUGAAGAGUACCGCUCACACAACAACACGGAAAGUGACAUUGAGGUUCAGGAGAAGGGUGUGGUCAUAAUUGAAGACGUGAACACCACGGAUGUUGUAUUGUCCAGCUGAAGGCAACAGAAUUGACAGUCAACAAAAGUCCCUACUAAUAAACCUUUGUGGGAAGGGCAGCAAGAGAAAGCAGGGUGAGUUGGACGAAGAGCAUCAGACCUGGGUGGAGGCUUUCUCACAAGAACUCACUGAUUGAUGACCCCGAGGAGGAUCCUGAUUAUGAGGAUUACAGGAUGUUGAGCCGUCCACUCCAGCUGAAGUCUCUUGCCCUGAUGUUUAAUGUAUAGAGAAUAUGUUGUGGUGUCAAUGUUUUUGUAUGUUUAUAUAUUUGGUAAUUCAAUAAAACUGUCCUUUAACUUGA